CCAGUGCGCAGGCGCACGGCGUCUCCGUUUCCCUCCCUCGGCCCCGACCCCCUCCCUCCUGUCCCCUUCACGGAGCCGGCUCCGGGGCGCGUCGCCCCGCGAGGAGACGCCAUGUACCGCCCGAGUCGGGGGGCCGCCCGGCGCCUCGGGCCCUGCCUCCGCGCCUACCAGGCGCGACCCCAGGAGCAGCUUUCUCCGCGGACCCUACCAUUCCCAGCCCUCUGGCCCCACUGUACUCCACCUGCUUCUUCAUCUUUUCCUCUUCUCUGGUCACUCCCGCCCCCACAACCUCCCACCCACCCUCUUCCCCAGGCUCCUGCACCACCUCUGUCUCAGGUCCAGGCCCUCAACUCAUCGUGUGGUGUGGGUCUUCCUCUGGGAAGGAGGGAGGAGGGACCAGGACCGGAACUGCACAGUGGUUGUCUGGAUGGGCUUAGGAGCCUUUUUGAAGGACCUCCUUGCCCCUAUCCCGGGUCUUUGAUGCCUUUCCAAGCCCCUGGAGCUUCCCAACCUUCCCCUGCCUCCCCAUCAGGAGACCAGAGUAUGGAGGAGCACCUGGCUGUCAUGUACGAGAAGCUGAGACAAGAGCUUCCCACCCUCUUCCUUCACUCCCACGACUACACUCUGUACUCCAUGGAUGUGGAGUUCAUCAACGAGAUCCUGAACAUUCGAACCAAGGGGCGGACAUGGUACAUUUUAUCCCUGACCCUUUGUCGCUUCCUGGCGUGGAACUACUUUGCACAGUUUCGGUUGGAGAUCCUACAGCUGACGCGCCACCCUGAGAACUGGACCCUGCAAGCCCGCUGGCGUCUAGUAGGUCUGCCUAUACACAUGCUCUUCCUGCGUUUCUACAGGCGUGAUAAAGAGGAGCUGUACCGGACCUUUGACGCCUAUUCUACCUUCUACUUGAACUCCAGUGGCCUCAUCUAUCGCCAUCACCUAGACAAGGUGAGUGUCAGGACUGGGUGGGGAGGGGAAAAGGGUAGAUGUCUGUGCUCCAGCCUCCACUAUUCUGUCUCUGCAGCUGAUGCCUUCACACUCGCCAUCAACGCCUGUGAAAAAGCUGCUAGUGGGAGCUCUGGUGGCCCUAGGGUUGUCAGAACCAGAGCCCAGCUUACACCUGUGUUCCAAGGCCUGAUCCACUGGAGGCCUUCACUGGAGUGAAGGCAGCACUGACAACUUUGCUACGCACAAAAGGAGGUGAAGGCGGACAAGACUGUCCAGAGCCAGCCGCCCUCACUCUCCCCUCCUCCCCUCUGCCCGUCUCAUGCUGUGUAAAGCUGCUGUGUAAUUUAAUUUGUAAAUAAUAAAGUUUAAACAAUGA